AUGACUCCAUCAGUGCCCCUCAUACUACUUUGGCCAUCUCGGAGGAGCCCCCGCUUUGAGGAGGAAGACACAGCGAGGGACUCCAACUAUGCUGCAAGUCAGGAACUGUUUGAAACUCCACAGGAGUCAGUCCUGGCUGACAAGUGCAGAAUUAAAAUAACUCAGUUAAGAAACUUGUUUUUUAGCGCAGCGCCGCCUCCUUGUCCAGCUCGCAGGCGGCGGGGGACCUCGGCCUGCGCCCUGCCCUGGAACCCAUCCCCUCCAAACCCAUCACCACGCUCCUCGGGGCAACUCCGUCCCCGCGCAUCGCCCCCUCACAGCACCUGGCCCUCCCCGCCGCACUGUGCACGGGGCCCGUAUCGGGCGCGGGGAGCCCCCGGAGAACAGACACACACGUGGGCGCCGCUCGCCAAACGAGCGCGUAAAGCGCCUACCUGGCUGGGGCCCCCUCUCCGCUGUGACUGGAGCCGGAGUAAUUCCGGGAGCGGCCCCGGCUCGGCAGCUGCAGGAAGAAGGGGAGAUGCAGGCAGCCGCCUCUGGCUCAGCUGGCGCCGCGGGAGGAGCAGGAGGAGGCAGCUCCCAAGAGCAGCAGCUGCUGCCGUUGAGGUCAUGAGGGGUUCCCCCUCCACACCUGUGGAAUGCCUGAGCCAGAAAAGGAAGAGAAAUAAGAGAUUCAGGAUGACAUGUUCAGCAAGAUCCUGCAAGCCAGUGCUGUAUCAGACCCUGAACAGAGGACCUGGAGAAUUAAUAUUGCAGACUGUAGGGAGAAAGGCCCAGAUGUCAGAGAGGGAGAUGCACCAGGAUAUAAUGGGAUUUCUUCGGCAGCAAACACAGAUGCUGCAGACUCCUGUGGACAUACAGGUUCAAUAAUCCAGGACUCACCUCCCUUUUGUGAACUCCAGUACAUGGAGAAUUCCACUAUAGCACACUCCAUCCCCCACCCCCCAAAACCGCUGCGCAACAUUCCACAGGAUAUCAGGAGUCAUGUUCCUACCCCUACCAGUCCACACUAAGAGAUAUUAAGGACAACUACAGCUUCACCUCUGAGAGCCAUGGUAGCUGUAUGUGUAGCUAAAAUGGACAUGAAGGUUCAUUCUUCAAGCUCUGUUCCAUACAUUUAUUAAGGUUUUAAUGUGUUUGCUUUUAACUUGCACAAAUAUUUUUGAAGUGUUUUCAUUACUCAAUAAAACAGUAUUGUU